GUGAGCUAGACGCCCGAGUGAAUCUACCUAAAUUAAAUAUGGCACGCAUGUUCCUUCUUAGCGUUGUGAAUACACAUUCAUCUCAUGUUGUCUAUUUCAAUUUGACACCGCUCCUUUGAGACUGUCGUCCGCACAACAUUCAACCCCUCAUCGGAGCAUAUCAUUCACAUGUUCUUGCAACUCCCCUCAUUUAAAAGCAUCAUUCACAGAUUCUUGCAACCUUCAUGUAAAAGUAUCAUUCAUUUCCAUGUUAAUACCCCUCCUUUGAGACCCUACUAGCCUCCUGCUCUCUUAUACAAAAGAGCUCCUCAACCCCCCUCUUCCCCUCUUACCCAUCUCCUUUACAACAACAUCCUUUACAAUUCUUUUCAAUCUUCCUUCAUCCAUACACUUAGUUUUUCUCUUAAGCCUCCCUCUGCAUUGAAAUACUUCCAAAUAGUAAUUAUUCUUUGAGGAGCACCAUCAUGAAGACUUCUCUUUUGGCAGCAGUGUUAGGCACUGCUGUUAAUUUUGUCUCUGGAUCUACCUUUAGUCCAGUUAGACCUCCGGCAAUACCUCUAGCUGGUAUGUAUUACUGUUUUCUUUAUCCUGGUAAUGUUCUAAAUUCAAAACAGUCAAAUCACCAUACAUGAAUACGUGGUUGGAGUCCGGAAGUGUUGGUGCCAGUGGAGGUAUUCUACCAGGUUAUUGGCCGUAGGUUGUUUCUUUCGAACAGUAUAGAAACCCAAACUAACAUCUAUGCAGUCGUUUCUGGGCGUAAGUUAAAAUUCUUGGCAAACCCAAAAGAAUUUAUUUUUUAAUGAAUAGAAUAGCGGACCUCAACCUGAUGGCUCGGUUGCUGGAAGUGCUGGCUCCGUAACAGCUUGGGCUGGCCUUAUCAAAGUGUAAGUGCUUCCAGACUUCUUGUGAUCUAUUCAUGAUAGAAUUUCGUCCUGUUGUUGAACAAAAAGGAUUUUAUUAAAACUUCCGUAGGGACGGCACAACUUACACUUGGAUGGGAGCUGCGGGCGUCAAUGGAGUUGUGCCACCAAGUGUUACUCAAGAUCAUAUGGAGUAUACUUCAUCCAGAUCCACAUUUUUAAUGACUGUGGCCGGAAAAGUUUCAAUGAAUGUGACUUUUCUAUCUCCACUCACACCAGAUGAUAUUCGACGACAAUCAGUUAUUGGUACAUAUCUUUAUGUUUCCGUAAAAGCAUUGGAUGGUGCUUCUCAUGCUGUUGAGUUGUAUUGUGACACAUCUGCUGGUAAGUUUAUUCUCAUCUGGGAUAAAGAAAAUUGCUCAUAGUAGGACAGAAUGGACAUCUAUCCACAAUACUGAUGCCGUGCAAUGGAAGUGAGUUUUUUACAUCUCCGAUUCACUUUUGGAGUUCUUCAUGUUGACUCCUAUACAGUUACACCGUCAACAACGGCAUCGGUACCCACAGAAGUUGGAGACAAAAUCAGAGUGAAUUCAACGCCGAUUAUGCAGAUGAUCAAGCUCAUUGGGGAUAUUGGCUUUGGUCCACCAAAGCUGUCAACGGAAUGUCAUUCCAAUCAGGACAGGAUGUCGUCGUUCGUGGGAAUUUCCUUAGUAAUGGUUCUCUUCCAAACACCCAAGAUACUGCCUACAGGACCAUUCAAGAUGCCUGGCCAGUAUUCGCAUUUGCCAAUAAUCUUGGAAACGUUGGAAGUACUCCAGUUGAAACCCUUUACACAAUUGUUCAUGCUCAGGAAAAUGCGAUCUUAUUCCUUGGAGACGGUGGAUUGAGACCUGUUCCAUCUUUAUGGACGAGCUAUUGGAACUCGGAUCUAUCUUUGGUAUUUAAAUAAUUCAUUUCCUCCUUAACCAUGCUGAUUUUUUUUAGGUCUCCGAUUUCUAUAAUGACUGGGUCAACAAAUGGGGUGUCUGGGAUCAUAAAUUCGCCGUUGAUUCUCUUGCUGCCGGUGGUCAAGACUACUUGACUAUUACAUCACUUUCGGCUCGUCAAGCUUUCGGAGCCGUUCAACUUUGCGGGACUCCAGAUAAACCAUACUACUUUCUUAAAGAAAUCAGCUCUGAUGGUAACACUCAAACCGUUGAUGUCAUCUUCCCGGCCAUGCCUAUCUUUUUAUACUCAAAUCCUGUUCUUCUCAAGUAUAUGCUCGAUCCUCUGUUUGAGAACCAAGAGGCCGGUCACUUUCCUCAACAAUAUUCUAUUCAUGAUUUAGGUGCUAAUUAUCCCCGUGCCGUUGGACAUCCAACUGGCGAUGGAGGUAUGUUUCUUUUAGGAUGCUUAUAUUAUACAUGCUAACCAUAGCCAGAACCCAUGCCUCUGGAAGAAUGUGGAAAUAUGAUUAUCAUGACUCUCGCCUACUCUCAACAUACUUCCGACACAGCAUACUUGACUCAACAUUACCCAUUGCUCAAGCAAUGGACUAGUUUCCUCGUCGCAGAAGCUCUUAUUCCAGCAAAUCAACUCUCCACCGAUGAUUUCCAAGGUACACUGGCAAAUCAAACUAAUCUUGCUCUCAAGGGCAUCAUUGCCAUUGAAGCCAUGUCACGGAUUGCAAAUCUCACUGGAAACUCCGCUGAUGCAUUAAACUAUACAAAUAUUGCACACGACUACCUCACGCAGUGGGAGACGCUCGCGAUUGUGCCAGCAACUGCAUCCGUUCCAGCACAUACCAAACUGGCGUAUCAAGAUUCAACUGGACAUGGUCUUCUGUACAAUCUUUACGCAGAUACGCUUUUGAAACUCGACUUUGUCCCGAAACGCAUCUAUGACAUGCAGAGCGAAUAUUAUCCAACCAUUGCCAAUGCGUAUGGUGUUCAACUCGACUCCAGAAAUGUUUGCACCAAAUGUAAGUUUCCAUUUAAGUAUCUUCUCAUUGAACACUGCAGCUAAUAACGAUAUUUUCGUACAGCCGACUGGGAAAUGUGGGCAGCAGCUAUUGCGUCUCCGUCUACAAAAUCCAUGUUUAUCUCCAAGCUUGCAACAUGGAUUGGCGUAACGCCAACUGACCGCGCCUUCACCGAUCUUUACAAUACUCAAACUGCAGAGUAAGUUCUCACCAAUAUUCACUACUUCCCUAAAGCACAACAUAUUGACACAAUCACAGCUGGUGGUCUGGCCCCUUCAUCGCUCGUCCAGUCGUUGGUGGUCAUUUCGCUCUUCUUGCUAUUGAUGGCUCGCCAGCUACCCUCCCAAAGAGAGAAAUUGAUUGCGAAGCCAAAUGUAGUCUUACCUGUGACGCAAAAUGUGACACGGAAGGUGGAAGCGUGGCAAUCAAAUUCAGGGCAUAGAUGACAGGGAACCCACUAUGAUGCAGAUGCAUGGGUUACGGCGGUAUAGUGCUUAAUUUUGGGGCUUGGUAACGUUAUUACUUUUAUUUUCUUUUGGUGUUUCGUUGGAUUUUUUGAUACCUACCGUACUCUACCUCUUUGUGAAAGAGUUUAAACUCCACUCAUCUUUGAUUCUGUUCAUUUCUGCCCCGUCAGCCUCGGCGAAAGGAAUGUAAUGCAGAGGUAGAAGGUUAAUUCAGAUGUAUAUAAUUUAUUAGUAAUUAAUGAAUGGCACACAAUUU